AGAAUAAAUGCAAGCCAGCCUCGCUCGAACUCCUCGAGCCACCCAAACUCUCGAGAAAAAACAGACGGCAAGAGAGGAAAGAAACGCCCUCCUUCCUAACUUCCCCAGCCAUCUCCUCCCGUCCUGCCUGCGCGUGCGCAUUUUCACACUAAACCCCCAAUCCAACCUGCCGCGGCUCGUCGCAGAUCGGCAGAGCAGUCCACCGCCGCCGCGGAGGUGGUGAUCAUUCUUUUUAUCAGGAGGUGUACAUCUGCUUGGCCUCUGGCAGUAGCUGCAGUUACCAACAGUCGAGAGUUCUCAUGGCCAAGUCUCAUGAGACGACGAGUAGGAAACCUCCUGGCCUCCGGUUAUUCAAAGGUGCCAAGGCUCUAAGAAAUUACCAGACGCUCGUCUUGGUCCUUACAUUCUUGGCAUACACUUGCUUCCAUAUGACUCGGAAGAUAACAAGCAUUGUCAAGAGUGAGCUUGAUCCCCAGACAAAAGUGGGGUCUGCCUGGGGACGAUUGCACACACGCAACAGUCUCAACAUUGGUUGGUCUCCAUUUAACACCUCUGAUGGUUCCACUUUGCUUGGUGAGAUAGAUGUAGCAUUCCUUGCGGUGUAUUCUCUUGGGAUGUUCUUCGCCGGGCAUCUUGGUGACCGCAUGGACUUGAGGAUUGUUCUAACAAUUGGCAUGAUUGGCACUGCCAUAUUCACUGCACUCUUUGGUGCUGGAUAUUGGCUAAAUAUUCACAACUUCUACUACUUUCUGGUCUUUCAGAUGAUUGCUGGCUUAUUUCAAUCAUCUGGCUGGCCUUCAGUCGUUGCAGUUGUUGGUAACUGGUUUGGGAAGAGCAAGAGGGGAUUGAUUAUGGGUAUAUGGAACGCACAUACUUCUAUUGGAAACAUAUCCGGUUCGCUGCUUGCUGCAUCUCUGCUGAAAUUUGGAUGGGGGUGGUCAUUUGCCAUCCCCAGCAUCAUCAUGGCUCUUGCUGGGUUGGUGGUGUUCUUUUUCUUGCCGGUUAGUCCUGAUGUAAUGGAGAUAGAUAUUGAUGAUGGGGAGGUAAACUCAGACAAGGAUACUGCAAAGGAGCCCCUUUUGGAACCAGGCCAAGAAGUGAAACAUAAGGCAAUAGGAUUCUUGGAGGCAUGGAGGAUUCCUGGAGUUGCACCGUUUGCUCUCUGCCUCUUCUUCUCCAAGUUGGUUGCAUACACCUUCCUGUACUGGCUACCUUUCUACAUCAGCCAUACACCUAUUGGCAACGAGUACCUCUCUGAUGCGAUGGCUGGCAGCUUGUCAACAGUCUUCGAUGUUGGAGGUGUGUUGGGAGGAGUCCUUGCCGGUCACAUCUCUGAUCGCGUAAAUGCACGAGCAAUCACGGCCGCGAGCUUCAUGUACUGUGCCAUACCUGCCCUUUUCUUGUACAGAACAUAUGGAAGCAUGUCGAUGAUGUCGAACAUUUGCCUCAUGUUCAUCACUGGCAUGUUUGUCAAUGGUCCUUAUGCCCUGAUCACAACCGCAGUGUCAGCUGACCUUGGCACUCACAGCUCAUUGAAUGGUAAUUCUCGGGCACUGGCCACUGUGACAGCAAUCAUCGAUGGGACCGGGUCGGUUGGUGCUGCGAUCGGGCCAUUGCUCACAGGAUACAUCUCAACAGAGAGCUGGAGUGCCGUGUUCACGAUGUUGAUGGCAGCAGCACUUCUUGCUGGGCUCCUCUUGACACAUCUUGUCUGUGCUGAGCUAAGAGGAAAGCUGUCUUCCAAUGUGAGCAAGGUUGUCGCCAAUGCACAAACUACCUGCUCAGAUCAAGUAUAGGAUUGUAAGUAUGGUCUGCUCGCGCUCACGAUGUGGUAUUAUGCAUUGGAAACAAUUUUUGUAGUUCCAUCACCUUCUUGGUCGACAUCAGUAUGAGUCUGAAAUAAGCUGAAGGAUGGGGUUUCCGAGUGACUUGCUCCGUACAAACUCCAGGAAUGACUAGCAGAGGGUAGAAAAGUUAUGUCCAGAUUUUUUAUUUAGACAAGAUGGAGGUGAAAGCACCAAAAGUUUCUGAGCCCACAUAUAAUUUCUUUUCUCUAGUGCCUUGUAAAUAUGAAUUGGGCAAUAAGUUUGGGCCUGUGUUUGCUUGUAUCACUGCAUAUUUAAGCUUGUACGCAUGUGAUUGCUGUUUAGGGUAGAUAUAAGGAAAUCUCCCUCUACAAGAGAGAUCCGAUUCUAUCUGCUGGCCAUCUUGAUCCCCUUUUGUACUUGUAAAUACGUCGAGUUGAUAAAAUUUAGAAUUGAGAUCCCA